GAUCCCUCUCCAUGUUUCACCUUCGUUCUUCUCUUGAAGCAAAGCCACUCUCUCCAUCUAUAUAUAUUCAUCUUUCUCCUUCCCCUCUCCUCAGUUCAGUCACAGUCAUCGGAUGAACAGCAACUCUCUUCUCACUGUCAUUUAAGAUACACAUUUCUCAGAUCUCUAAAUCUGUCAUGGCAAUGGCUUCGACUUUGUCUUGCUCAUCUUCACCACUGGUAUCAAACAGAGCCACUCUUCCUUCUUACGCUAAACCCAUGAUGCCGUUCUACGUAUCAUUUCCGUCCAAUAAUUUUCACGGCAAUCGGAAGGCUGUCGUAAGGGCACAUGCUGCCGGCGAUCAGAACAAAGAUUCGUCGGUGGACGUGCACGUUAACAAGGAUAACAAAGGCCAAGGGACAGCCGUCGAGAAGAGGCCUAAACGGUUGGUUAUGGACAUCUCUCCAUUCGGUUUGUUGGACCCGUUGUCACCGAUGAGGUCAAUGCGUCAAAUGCUGGACACGAUGGACCGGUUGUUCGAGGAUAGCAUGGCGUUUCCGACCUCCGGACGAAGAGGAGGAGAGGUGCGUGCACCUUGGGACAUCAGAGACGAUGAACAUGAGAUCAAGAUGCGAUUCGACAUGCCGGGGAUGGCGAAAGACGACGUUAAGGUCUACGUUGAGGAAGAUGUUCUGGUUAUAAAGGGAGAGCAGAAGAAGGAAGAGAGCCACGAUGAUUGGACUAACAGCAACUACAGUUCAUAUGAUACUCGUCUCCAAUUACCCGACAACUGCGAUAAGGAUAAAAUCAAGGCGGAGCUGAAAAAUGGAGUGCUCUUCAUCUCCAUUCCCAAGACCAAAGUUGAACGCAAAGUUAUUGAUGUAGAAAUUCAGUAA